UAAUUUUCAAUUGAUUUUUAAGACUUAUACAGUGAUUUUCUUUGAAGUUUUUUACUAUCAUUCUAACAUCAUUGAACAUCAUUCCAAGUAUGGAAGAUGAUAAGAAGUCCGAAUUGAAACCAACUGUCGCUAAAACUGCAGCUAAAACCUCAGCUAAGCGUCGAUAUUCUGAUGACAAACGAUCGGAUGACUUAUCCCACCGCUCGAGAUCUAACAGCCGUUCACGUUCACGUUCAAGUUCUAGUUCCAGGUCUCGGUAUCGCUCUCGUCAUCGGUCCCGGUCACGAUCUCCAUCACGGGCUCGUUCGUCAUCGACUUCGAGUUCAUCCGGGUAUUAUAAACGUUCGCGAUCUAGAGAUAGUGACAAUCGUUCAUAUUCGCCAGAUGUUCGUCGUAGUUCACGGUACUCGCGAUCUCCUCGUGACAGAAAUGGUGACAACGCUAGGGUGAACCCGAGGCCAUCUAGAUGCGUUGGCGCUUUCGGGCUUAGUAGUAUUACAAACGAAUCCCAUCUGAGAUCGAUAUUUUCAAAAUUCGGCCGAAUUCGCCAUAUUCACUUGGUUGAAGAUGCAAAGACAGGCCGAUCUCGCGAAUUCGGUUUUAUAUAUUUUAAACACUUAUCUGAUGCCAAGUACGCUGUUCAAAAUUGUGCCCAUCUCCAUGUACAUGGCCGAAAAGUGAGGAUAGAUUUCAGUAUUAGUAAGCGGCCUCACAAACCGACUCCUGGAGUGUAUUUAGGUCGUAAUCGACGAGAACGUGAACGAGGUUUUAAAAGUUAUGGUUUCCAUCAAUAUUGCCGCUGUUCAUCCUGCGAAAACGAGCGUGAGCAUAGUGAAUUUCGGCGCAGAGAUGGUGAUAAGAAGUAUGAUUAUGCACGUCGUGAAUACUAUGGUAUGAAACGCCGUAAGCUUGAGCAUCGAGAGUCUCCUGAACGUCGCUAUGAUUCUCAUCACCAUAGCGAUAACCGCGACUACUAAUUUCAUUUUAUUACUUUAUAGUAAGGAUCGAUAUUUCAGAUAAAUUAUCUGAGUAUCUCCUUGUUGCUUACUAAAAUUAAAGUAAUUAUUUUUCUGUUUUUAAUGUUCAUUACACUUUAACAUACCGUGUGUAACAUUGAUAUCUCUUUGCCGAUGCUCAAAUCUGAAGUGAUUAUUAUUAAAUCCUUAAUGUUCAUUACACUUUAACAUACCGUGCGCAACAGUGAUAUCUCUUUGCUAAAACUUGAAGAAAUUAUUUAGAUUUUAAUAAUAAUGCUAACUAAAUGACUUAAAUAUUGAUGAUCAUACCGUGUCUAACUGAAAUAUCUCCUCGUUAAUCAUCGAUAUGUUAGUAUUAUACAUAUACUAACAUUUUUAGAACUAAUACGGUAAUAAAAAAUAUUAACACCCACUGAAUUUAGUGACAUUUUUUUUAAUUCUCAUCGUUAAAUCGUAUUGGUGCCUGUACAACAAAUUAAGCUGAUACUGAAAAAAUUUCAUCAUGGCCAGUAUAUAUUCCAAUUAGUUCAAAGCGUUUCCUUUGAAAUAAAUCUUGAGAAUUGUAAAAGUUUCUACUCUCUAUACCGCAAAAACUUAUGAGAUUGGAUACUAACGGAAUCGAAGUACAAUUUAUUUGUUUAAUUCAGCAUAAAAAAUGUAUAGGAAACAAUCUAAAUCUAUGAAGGAGCACAAUAGAUCUUUAUGCAGUAUUGCAAGAUCCAUUUGACUUAAUAAGA